AUGGAUCAACGCAAAACCGCAUUUUUAUUCGACCUCGACGGAACGCUCAUCGAUAGCGUCUAUCAGCAUGUCUUGGCAUGGCAGCAGGCGCUCCAGGAAUCUGGAAUUCCACUUUCGGUGUGGCGUAUUCAUCGAAAAAUCGGCAUGAGUGGUGGGCUGUUCACCAACAUGUUGCUUAGAGAAACCGAGUGCGAGAUCACACCGGAGUUACUCGACACCCUGAGUCGUGCCCAUGCUACAGCUUACAAUCGAUUAUCGGCCGGCAUCGACCCUCUUCCUGGCGCCCGUGAACUACUCGCGUACCUCGACCGAAGUGAUACCCCGUGGACAAUUGCCACAAGCGGCCGCAUGGAAACAGCACGAAGAACCCUGGAAAACCUCGGCAUCGAUUUCGAGCGAACACCGGUGGUGACUCGCGAUCAGGUGAAUUUCGCGAAACCCGAUCCUGAUCUCUUUCUGACUGCCGCAGAGCGACUUGGCGUUCCUAUCGAAUCUGCUGUCGUUGUGGGCGACAGCAUCUGGGACAUUCUGGCAGCUCGUCGAGCGAGGGCCUUAUCAGUUGGAUUGCUUUCGGGAGGAUACGGCCGCGAGGAACUGAUUCAAGCUGGUGCACUGCGCGUUUACGAAGACCCCGCCGACUUGCUGAAACAUAUUGAUGAGAUCUGUUGCAUCGCGUCGCUCAAAGAAGCACGGUUGGCGAUUGACUGCGGCGCCGAUGCGAUAGGUCUGGUGGCGGACAUGCCAAGUGGACCCGGUACGAUCGCCGAUGAGCUGAUCGCACAGAUCGCCGUUGCUGUUCCUCCACCGGUGGCGACAUGUUUGUUGACCUGUGAGACGACGGCUUCGUCGAUCGUACGGCACAUUCAUAAAACACAAGUCAACACGGUGCAGAUCGUCGAUGACGAGGUUCAUCCGGAUAUCUACGGGGCGAUUCGGGAGGCGGUACCGCUGGCUAAAAUCGUUCAGGUCGUACAUGUCAGGGGCAAAGAAUCUAUUGAGAAGGCCGUCCGUGCCUCGGAACAUGUUGACAGCCUUCUGCUGGAUUCGGGUAAUCCAGGGGCGACCAUUCGCGAGUUGGGUGGCACCGGCCGAACUCACGACUGGGAAAUCAGCCGUCAGAUUGUCGAACGAGCCUCGAGGCCAAUUUUCCUUGCGGGAGGAAUCAACCCAGACAAUGUUGAAGCAGCCAUCACCGCCGUCCGUCCUUACGGAAUCGACGUUUGUAGUGGCGUUCGCCAGGAUGGAAGACUAAACCGAGAGAGACUGACGCGGCUGGUAGCCGCCAUGGAACGAGCAAGAAAAGCAAGUGGGCGUGAAUGA